GAAAUGCAUACAUUACCUGCAAUUCCUGUUCCACUUUAUAAGAUCAUAUUUUUUCUUUAGCCGCUGAAAUAUCUUUUUGGAGAUCAAUUACCUUUGCUUUAAGAGUCAAUAUUUCCAUGGUUUAGUGAUAGAUUGAAGACAGAAUUAAAUUCAGAGGGAGAUGAAUUAUGGAAGAGAGUUUUCAAAACAUUUAAGGGACCAAUUAUAUAUUAUUGUAUAAUAGUUCAAAUAACAGUGAUAAUAAAGAUAAGUGUAUCUUACUUAUUAAAAGUAACAUUAGCAAGUAUGGAUUAAUGGAAUGCAAUCUUAUUAGGAGUGUUACUAUUAAAUUAGGUUAUAUUUGAAUAACAUUAUUUUUAAAAUAUAUAUUAGAUGUCAGCAAAGAUAAGAGCUUCAUUAUCAUAAGUCUUAUUGGCAAAAUUAUAGAGAAUAUCUACAUCUAGAUUAAAGGAUGGAUAAUUUUUUAAUAUAAUAACAAUGGAUAUAGCUGAUCUUGAUUUAACUUGGUUGAUAGCAUUUAGUGGUGCUCCAAUAAUAUGUUGUGUUGGUGUAUAUCUAUUAUUUUUAUAUUUUGGAUUUUCAUCAAUAAUAGGUCUUAUUUCUUUAUGUGGAUUAAUGUUAUUUUAAAAGCAUAUAACUACAAAAACAGGACCUUUAAAAUAAGAGAAAAGUAAAAUUUAAGAUGAAAGAACAAAAUUGACAGAAGAAAUUUUAAAUAAUUUACCUAAAAUAAAAAUGUUAGGUUUAGAAUCAAUAUUUAGAGAUAAAUUAUUAGUAUAAAGAUAAGAAUAAGAUAAUAAAAUGAGAGAAAUUUUAAAGAUUGAUGCAUUAGCUUAUUGUUUUAAUGGUAAUAUCAAUGUAUUUGGUAGUUUAUUUUUAAUGCUUUUAACAUAUAAAAUAUUUAAUGAUGAUUAUCCAUCUCCUGAUAAGAUUUUUAGUUCAAUUUGGAUUCUCUAAUUAUUUAAAGUUUGGUGUAUUACUUAUGGGCAGAGAGCCUAUAAAUUAGUGAUAAAUUUAAGAGUAUUAUAAUAAAGAAUAAAUGAUGUAUUAUGUAUUCCAGAAAUAGAACCUAAAUUAUUAAAUACAAGAUAAGCAACUAAGAAAUAAAAGAAAUAUUAAUAGAUAGAAGAUGAAGAAGGUGCAUCUUUAGAUACAGUUGAAGAUCCUCGUUUAACUUAAAUAGAGAUUAUAAAUUAUAGUGCAUAUUGGACAAAAUUAUAAGAGAUGCAAAAUUAAGCAAUAUUAAAUAAAAUAAAUUUGAAAUUAGAUAAAGGAACAUUUGUAAUAAUAAGAGGAAUAGUAGGGAGUGGAAAAUCAUCUUUACUUUAAGCAUUAUUACAUGAAAUACCAUAUUUUAGUGGUUAAUUAAAGAUAUCAGGUCAUGUAGCAUAUGUUGAAUAAAGACCUUAUAUAUUUUCAGGGACAAUUAGAGAUAAUAUUCUAUUUGGUUGUCCAUAUAAUGAAACACAUUAUUAAAAUGUUUUAAUUUAGAGUGGUUUGAAUGGUGAUAAUAUUGAUCCAGAUUUUGAUGUUGGUGAAAAUGGAUCAAAAUUAUCAGGAGGAUAAAAAACUAGAUUAAGUUUCAGUAGAGCAUUAUAUUCUGAUUCAGAUAUCUAUUUAUUAGAUGAUAUAUUAUCAGCAGUAGAUGCAAAUGUAUAAAAAACAAUCCUUAAUACUUUAAGAUAUCUUAAAGCAUAAGGAAAAAUAGUUAUUUUAAUCUCAUCUAGAAUAGCUGAAUGUGAUAUCAUUUAUAAAAUGUAAGAUGGAUAAUUAAUUUAAGAAGAUUAAAAUAUGGAAUCUAUUGAGUUAUAAAAUCAAAUUACUGAAUAAACUGAAUAAUAAUAAGGAAUAGAAGAAGAAGAGGAGAUUUUAGAAGUAACUAAAACUGUUUAUUAAAAAUAUAUUGAUGAAGGAGGAAGAAAUAGAGCUAUUUUAAUUGGAUUGUUAUAUUUAUUUGAUGCAUCCUUAUCACUUUUAAUCAUUAAAUAGUUUGGUGAAACUAAUUUAUUAAUUAAUGUAUUUCUAAUGAUUCUUUAUAUCUUUAUAAGUUUUACUAAAUUUAAUGAAAUGUUUGGAUUUACUAUUACUGUUAUUAAUAAUUUACAUCGAAAAUUAAUAUCAACUAUUGUAAGAAUGAAACUUGAAAAUUACACUAAUAUAGGAAGACUAAUGAGUAGAUUUACUUCUGAUAUCAAUAAUAUUGAAGGCAUGGUUAUGUUAGAUUUACAUUGGGUUAUUGAAGGACUGAUAGAUAACAUUUUUGUUAUUCUUGUAAUUAGUUUAAAUAGUUACAUUAUUAUUGUAUCUAUUGUAUUUCUUAUAUUAAUGCUAUUCAUGAAAUCUAAAUUCCAUUAAAAAAUGAAGUUUUCACUCAAUUUAGAUGAUCAAUCAAGAUCUAAAGUAUAUUAAUCAUUACGUAAUUCUAUAAAUGGUUCUAUCUUAAUUAGAGUAUAUAAUCAAUAAACUAGAGUGUAAUCAGAGUAUUUAUAAUAAACAUAUUCGAAUAUGUAGGCACAAUUCACUUUUCUUAGACUUAAUGCUUUAUUAGCCUUCAUAAUUGAAUUCUCAUUGCAUAUUCUUAUUAUAACUGUCUUAGCUAUAUUACUUUCAUCAUAAUAUAGUAAAGAUGUCAUAGGUUUCUCUGUUUUAAUGUUAAUGCAAUUAGGAUAUAUGUUCUCAUUGAAGUAACUACUAUUUUUAUAUUUCUUAGUUUGAGAGGACAAAUAUUCUUAGAUAUUGAUAUGUAAAAUUGUGUAAGAAUAUUAAAUACAAUAUCAUUACCUUCUGAAAAUUAUUCAGGAUCCAAAAUGAAUCAAUGGCCAACUAAUGGUGUUGUGGAAUUUUAAAAUGUAUAUUUAAAAUAUCCUAAAUCUACAAAAUAUGCUCUAUAAAAUAUCAGUUUUAAAAUUGAAUAAGGAUAAAGUGUUGGUAUCAUGGGAAGAACUGGAGCUGGUAAAUCCUCUAUUAUUAAUCUAUUAUUGAGAACUGUUGAAGUUACAACUGGAGCCAUCUUUAUUGAUGGUAUUAAUAUCAAUUAAAUUAAUCUUUCUUAACUUAGAAACACUGUUAUGGUUAUUCCAUAAUAAAGCAAUUUAUUUAAUUAAACAAUUAGAUUCAAUUUAGAUCCUCAUAAAACAUGCUAUGAUGAUUAAAUUUGGGAAGCUUUGAGUAAAGUUUAAUUAGAUUCUAUUAUUAAAUAGUAUGGAUUAGAUUCUCUGGAAUACAAUUUAAGUGUUGGCUAAUAAUAAUUAUUAGCUUUAGCAAGAGCUUUCCUACAUGAUGCUAAAAUAUUAAUAUUUGAUGAAGCUACAGCCAAUAUUGAUGAUUAAACUGAAGAAGUUAUAGAAUAAGCAUUACGCAAUAUAACUGCAACUAAAAUUAUCAUAGCUCAUAGACCUAAAAUUGUUGUUAAUUGCGAUUAUAUAAUUAAUAUGUAGGAAGGAUAAAUUAUUAAUUAAAAAUGA